AUGACGAACACCGCAAGGUUACAUUCCAAGGGAAUCCAUCUUGGUUACAAGCGCAAUCGACGUAACCAGCACUGUGGCCAAUCGCGCCUUCAAAUCGAAGGCGUCAAGGAUCGCAAGGAUGCCCAGUUCUACAUGGGUAAGCGAGUCGCUUACGUCUACAAGGGUCUAGUCGAGAAGAGGACUCCGAGCGGCGCCUCGAGCAAAUAUCGCGUCAUGUGGGGCCGUAUCAUUGCCCCUCACGGAAACAACGGUCACGUACGCGCGAAGUUCCGCAAGAACUUGCCACCGAAUUCCAUCGGAAAGGGCGUUCGCGUCAUGCUUUACCCCAGUACGAUUUAAUCGCCUCGAAGCCCUGGUCCUUGUGUUUCUCUUCAACGGCCGAUGCGGAGACGGUUUGCUUCUGUCAGGCUGUGACUGAGCGCGAUCUACUGCGCUAUGGAGUACAGAUACUUCUAUCGAUCGGCAAAGAGAAACGAGCGGCACUGACAGAAGAAGCGAGUGACUCCAAGUUACAGAGAUUUGUACAUGGUAAAGCAGCGAGAAUUUGCGAUCGUUUCGAUUUCUUUA